CCUCAUAAUUACAGAACUUCCUGCUGUGGAGUUCACCAUAAUUACCAUUUCCACCCCUUCUCUUCUUCAUCACUCACACACUCUCUCUCUCUCUCUCUCUCACACACACACACACACACACAGCUCAGAGAAGAGUGAAGAAAUGAAGUUGUUAUGGUUUUGGGUUUUUACAGCAGCAUCUUUACUCUUCAACACUUCCUCCUUCGCUCUCACCCAAGAUGGCAAGACAUUGCUGAUAAUAAAAGGGGGUUGGAACGACACUCGGCAUGUGCUGAAAAACUGGAAAGCUUCAGAUCCCAAUCCCUGCAACUGGACUGGCAUUACUUGUCAUCUCAAUGACCAAACCGUCCGUUCUAUAAACCUACCCUACAUGCAGCUCGGCGGCAUCAUCUCUCCAGAAAUCGGGAAACUCAGUCGAUUACACAGACUGGCACUUCAUCAGAACAGCUUACAUGGAUACAUUCCUGCUGAAAUUACACAAUGCAAAGAUCUUAGAGCACUGUAUUUGAGGGCUAAUUAUCUGCAAGGUAGCAUUCCGCCGGAGCUUGGAAAUCUUUUGAAUCUUGUUAUCCUGGAUUUGUCAAGCAAUUCACUAAGAGGAUCCAUACCUGCCUCUAUUGGCCACCUCAGUCAUUUGCGAUUUCUGAACUUAUCCACAAACUUCUUCUCUGGCGAAAUCCCAAAUAAUGGAGUUCUUGGCAGUUUCAAAAACGGCUCGUUUACUGGCAAUUUAGACCUGUGCGGUUUGCAAGUUCAGAAGUUAUGUCGGAGUUCACUGGGCUUCCCUGUGGUGUUACCACACUCGGGUAACGAUGCUUCCACAGUUCCUCCAAAAAGAUUGUCACAUUAUCUCAAUGGAGUCCUGAUUGGUGCCAUGUCCACGAUGGGUCUUGCCCUUGUUGUGCUCCUUGCAUUCCUUUGGAUCUGUUUACUAUCAAAGAAAGGAAAAAUAGGCAAAAAAUACACAAAAGUUGAUAAGCAGCUUGACCAUGAUACAGGCACCAAGCUUGUGACGUUUCACGGUGAUCUUCCAUAUUCUUCCCAUGAGAUCAUAAAAAAGCUUGAGUUACUUGAUGAAGAGGAUGUUGUGGGAUCAGGAGGAUUCGGUACUGUGUACAAGAUGGUGAUGGAUGAUUCUAGCAUAUUUGCUGUUAAGAGGAUCGAUAGGAGUCGUGAAGGGUCUGAUCAGAUCUUUGAGAGAGAGCUUGAGAUCUUGGGUAGCAUCAAACACAUAAACCUUGUCAAUCUGAGAGGCUAUUGCAGGCUUCCCUAUUCAAAGCUUCUCAUAUACGAUUAUUUGGCCUUGGGUAGCUUAGAUCAUUUUCUACAUGAACAUGGGCAAGAAGAGCGGCCACUGAACUGGAAUGCACGUUUAAGAAUAGCUCUUGGUUCUGCCCGAGGACUAGCAUAUUUACACCAUGAUUGCUGUCCACGUAUUGUGCACAGGGACAUAAAAUCCAGCAACAUACUCCUGGAUGCAAACAUGGAGCCUCAUGUGUCUGAUUUUGGUCUUGCCAAGCUUCUUGUUGAUGACGAUGCCCAUGUUACUACUGUGGUUGCGGGUACUUUUGGUUAUUUGGCACCAGAGUACUUGCACAGUGGUCAAGCCACUGAGAAGUCAGAUGUCUAUAGCUUUGGAGUGCUCUUAUUAGAACUAGUAACUGGCAAGAGGCCAACAGAUCCAUUGUUUGUCAAGCGGGGCUUGAAUGUUGUAGGCUGGAUCAAUACACAGACGAGGGAAAACAGGCUGCAGGAUAUAGUGGAUAAGAGGUGCAAAGAUGUAGAUGCAGAGACAGUUGAAGCAGUUCUCGACGUAGCUGCAAGGUGCACAGAUGCAAAUCCAGACAAUCGCCCCUCAAUGAACAGGAUCUUGCAGUUGCUAGAAGAGGUCAUUUCACCCUGCCUCAGUGAAUUCUAUGACUCUCAUUCUGACUGCUAAGGAAAUCCAUUGAUCAAACAUCUUGUUUUGGGCAACACCAUUUUCUGCAGACAAUGCGUCAUCCAUAUAUAUCUAUUUGCACAUUGAAAAUCACAGCAUGUCCUUGUAGAAAUUCCAGCUGUGCACUUGUCUUCCCGACAAGUAAAAAAGACACUAUUGAAUGGAAAACUCAGCAUUAUCACCA